AUGGCCAAUAAUCAUAGACAAUUAAAGUCAUCACUGUUUGGAAGUGCUUCGGAAAAGGAUACCUCCUCCAAACCAACAACUGGGUAUCGGGAUAGAAGUGUAAAUGAACAGGAUGAAGAUUUGCAAGAUUCUGAAUUUAAUCAAGUUGCUUUGGAAUUAGGGCAAACCAGUCAAGCAUUGAAACAUAUAGCAGGAGAGUUGAAAGAUGAAGUUUCCCAACAAGUUUAUGGACUCAAGGGAACAAGUACAAACAUGACGGAAACCAAUGUAGGAAUGAAAAAAGUGAUGACCAGGAUGGAACAAGUUUUUGAUGUGAGGACCUGGAGUCAAAUGUGGACUUUGGUUUUGAUAAUUGUUGGAGUCUUUUUCUUUUUCUACUAUUUGAUUAGAUUUUUAGUUUAUUAUUUCAAGUAG